CUUAUCUCUAAAAAUCUGGAUGAGUAAUGAGUUAAAUGAAAUCCUAAACAAACAAGUACAUAAAAUGGUAUUGCGUUGAUUGGUUUUUCGAUUUUAAAGGCCAGACGGAAAUUGUAAUGCGUUCGGUGCGGUGUAAAAAUUUUCCACGAUCGUCAUCAUGUGUGCAACUAUUUUCAAAAAGCAGGAAAACAAAGCGAAACUGGACAUGAUGUCGUUCCAGAGUUGUCUGGUCGACGAAAACUGGGAUUAUUUAUUCGAAAAUAAUAAUAAUAAUAAUGGGAAUAAUAGUACCAUUGAACAUGGAGAUUUAAUAAGUUUCAAUAAUAGUUCUAAUAGCAAGGAACAAACGGACUCGGACGAAGGCUACAAUACUUCAAUUUCACCAAAACGCACAACGAAAUCAAGCAAAUUAAUGAAAGACCAGCCAGAACCUGAAUCCAUUAACCGGUUUCAAUGCGAAUACGAUGGUUGUAUUAGAACCUAUAGUACUGUCGGUAAUCUUCGGACUCAUAUGAAGACUCAUAAAGGUGACUAUAGAUUCAAAUGUACAGAAGCCAAAUGCAACAAAGCUUUUCUAACUUCCUACAGUUUGAAAAUCCAUAUAAGAGUCCACACCAAAGUGAAACCUUUUGAGUGUUCUCAAGACGAUUGUCGUAAGGCUUUUAAUACUUUGUACAGGCUGAGAGCUCACGAGCGGAUACAUAAUGGACAAACUUUCAAUUGCGAGGCUGCCGGUUGUAAGAAGUUUUUUACUACUUUGAGCGAUUUGAAAAAGCACAGGCGGACGCAUACCAGGGAAAAACCAUAUAAAUGCGACGAAUCCGGAUGUGGAAAAUCCUUUUCCGCAUCGCACCACUUAAAAACCCAUCACCGGAUCCACAGCGGCGAAAAACCUUAUGCCUGCAAAGAAACACUGGAUUGCAGCCGCGCCUUCGCCACUUCGCACAGUCUCAAAUCCCAUAUAAAAACCCAUCAAAAGUAUUCGCAACCGUUAAAAAACGAAAUGGAAAAUAAUGAUGCCAUUGUUAAAAAUGAACUUGUAUCGUUUGAUUUUGAGGGAAAUUUCAAUUUUGAUAAUUUCGAUAAGGAUUGGAACGAGAUGGACGGGCAAGAAAUUAAUGUUGAUCCAUUGGAUGUUUCAGAUCGAUUAGUUGGAGACCCACCGACAUCUUUCCAACCUCAGCCCUACUUUGACAACAUCUACAACACCUACGACUUCAACGCUGACAAUUUCAACAACCAACUCACCGAACAAGUGAGCCAAAUGCAAAUCGAAAACAAAGCGAAAUACGCGGCCGAAAACGACUUGAGCGGUCAAUUCGAGAUGGCCAACGGCCUCAAGAAUUACGCCACAGUAAAUACGGCCGAGCCUGUUGACAUAUUGUUCAAUAUUGGCACUGAAAACGUUGAAAAUGUGCCCAAACAAGAAACCUUAAUCAAUGAACCUUCACAAUUAGAAGAAAACUCUUUGAUAACAGAGUUUGAGAAUGCUGGUAUUGAUUUGUACGAUUUUGCUGACACUUUUGGCGAUAACAUUUUCGGCAUGGACAAUAAGGAAGCCAACGUAAAAAUACUCAGUGUAAAAACUAUCGUAGCCCCUCAACAGGCUCAAUUUAUAUCAAAAGAGCCCGCACCUCCAGAAGCCUUGCAAGUGAAUUUGGCAACCCACGAAGAAAUUUCCAGUGCCUGGAAUGUGGGCACCUACAACAACGCUGGCCAAAUUUUCCAAGAAAACUUAAACGAAAAUCCUUUGACUGCUAUUUCAACCGCAGUCCAAUCGUAUUUGAAUCUACCCGAAGUCCAAAACAACAACAAACAACGUGUGGCCAUAGUAGAAGACAUCGAAAACGUCGACAGAUUUUUAAACAGCUUGAACGAGCCUCAAAAAAAAUCGGACGCCUUGAAAACUCUAGCCUCGGAAGCCGACAUAUGCAAAUGUGAGAAUUGUAAGUGCAACGAUUUUUCUAAUUGUCAAAAGCCAGUAGUAGAAAGUUGCUGCACUAACCGCCCGAAAAUUGCUUCUAACAACAACUGCGAGUGUGCACCAAAAGCUUGCUGCCACGAUAAUAAUAUUAAAAAAGAAAAAACCUGCAACGAGAACUACUUCAAGCAAGCCUUGUUGGGCUUGGUGCAGAAAACCGACGGUUGCAAGGAGAAAGGGGACGAUUGCUGCGUGGUUUUGUGCCUCAAGACCAUGGAACAGUUGAGGCAGAUGUUGAAAUUUGCUACUGGGUGUAAAGGGUUUAAGAAUUUGACGUUGGGGUGUGUUAAAAAGUCGCAAUGCGAUUGAAGAGUUGAUUUGCUAUUUGUAUCAUCUGAAAAAAAAAAAAAUCAAAGAUUCUGAUCUCUUUAGUUAGAAUCCUCUUUAUACCAGGUUUGUUUUACAAGACUUAUGCCUGGUUCAUUCAUCUUCAGAUAAACUCAAGAUUGCGUUUUCAUCCGUCAGAUUGCAUGCCUGACACUCCUGACAGUUUAUCAGAAGGUGGAUAAAUCGGCCCUAAAUGUUGAAUUGAGAAUAUUGAACCAUUCACCGUAGUGCCUUUAAAAUAUAAAUGUUCAAAAAUAUUGUGAUUUGUGUGCCAAUGAUAGGAUAUUAUGCGCUUUGAAACUGUAAUGCUUAUGCCAAAAUAAUGAUUAUUAGAUUUAAGGUAUAAAACAUAGAGGAUUUAAUCAUGUCUAAAUUUUUUGUAGUCACUGAUUUUAACACAAAUCAGUCUUCCUGUAUGAAGGAGUGGAUCAGAUUUUUUUGAAUAAAAACACGAAGUUACAGGGUGUUUUUGGAAAUGCAACAAUGAUAAAGAUAUAUUCUAUUUCACAUCUUUGUAAAAUUGCUAAUUUUUAUGCUCACCCUGUAUGAAGUGGAAAUUGAGGAAUUUUAUGGACUAUCAGAUGUUGUGUCUGCAACAAGUAACUCAUUAGUAGCUUAUCAAGUACGAUUCUGAUCUGAAAAUAAGUGAAUUUUUGAAUUAAUUGAGUCAAACUCACUCAUACAAUUUAUUAAUGAGUUAAUCAAAGUAAUGAGUGAAACUUACUCUUUUAAUUCCUUAUUUAAGUCAAUAUUUUACAUGAAAGAGUUUAUUAAUGAGCUUCGGCUCGUCCCGCAGAGUUUUAUUGAACCUCAAUUUUCUUAAAUUUCAUAUUUGCGCCCUUCUUAGGCUUGUCAAUAUCUAGUUUAUCCAAAAAAUGCCCUAUUUUGAAAAAAUCACAACAUCAGUGUUUUCUGCUCAAUCGUUUUGAAUUUUUGGUAUGUUUUUUCCUUAAACCCUUAAAACCAAAUUUCCUAAAUUUCAUAUUUGCGCCCUUAUCAGGUUUUGAGGAGAAAAAUUGAACUCAGAGGCUUGUCAAUAUCAAGUUUAUCCAAAAAGGCCCCAAAUUAAAAAAAAAUUACAACUUUAGUGUUUGUCUCCCAAUCACUUUGAAUUUUGGGUAUGAGGGUAUGUUUUACUUCAAACCCUUAAAACUAAUUUCCCUUAAUUUCAUUAUUGCGCCCUUAUUAGUUUUUGAGAGAAAAAUUCAAACUUAUAGGCUUGUUAAUAUCAACCUUAUUCAAAAAGGACCAAAAUUUAAAAAAUCAUAACUUUAGUGUUUGCCUCCCAAUCGCUUUGAAUUUUGGAUAUGUUUUACCUCAAACCCUUAAAACUAAUUUCCCUUAAUUUCAUUAUUGCGACCCUAUUAGUUUUUGAGAAAAAAAUUCAAACUUAUAGGCUUGUCAAUAUCAACUUUAUCCAAAAAGGGCCCAUAUUAAAAAAAAUCAUAACUUCAGUGUUUGCCUCCCAAUCGCUUUGAAUUUUUGGUAUGUUUUACCUCAAACUCUAAUAAAAAACUAAUUUCCUUUAAUUUCAUUAUUGAGCCCCAAUUAGUUUUUGAGAAAAAAAAUCAAACUUAGGCUUGUUAAUAUCAACUUUAUCCAAAAAGGGCCCAUAUUAAAACAAUCAUAACUUCAGUGUUUGCCUCCCAAUCGCGUUGAAUUUUUGGUAUGUUUUACCUCAAACCCUAAAAACUAAUUUCCCUUAAUUUCAUUAUUGUGCCCUUAUCAGUUUUUGAGAGAAAAUUUCAAACUUAUAGGCUUGUCAAUAUCAACUUUAUCCAAAAAGUCCCCAAAUUAAAAAAAUCACAACUUUAGUGUUUGCCUUCCAAUCGCUUUGAAUUUUUGGUAUGUUUUACCUCAAACCCUUAAAACUAAUAUCCCUUAAUUUCAUUAUUGCGCCCUUAUUAGUUUUUGAGAGAAAAUUUCAAACUUAUAGGCUUGUUAAUAUAAACUUUAUCCAAAAAGGACUCAUAUUAAAAAAAAUCAUAACUUCAGUGUUUGCCUCCCAAUCGUUUUGAAUUUGUUGUAUGUUUCACUUCAAAUAUUUAAAACCAAAUUUCCCAAAUUUCAUAUUUGCGUCCCUAUUAGUUUUUGAGAAAAAAAUUUAAUCUAAAAGGCCUGAAAAUGAGUGAAUUUUUCAACUAAUUGACUGAAACUCAACAUUCACUCAAUUUAUUGAACAGUUUAUCAAUGAGUUAAUCAAAGUAAUGAGUGAGAUAAAUCUACUCCAUAAUUCACUCAGUUUCAAGUCAAUAUUUCACAUGGAAGAAAAAAUUUGAUAAAAAUUGAGGACAAAUUAGGAAGAAAUUGGUUGACAAGUAAACAUAUUAUUUUCUCUAUUCCGGGCUUAAUUCUAAGCUCUUUUUACUUAAAGGAAAUUGAAGAAAACAGAAAUUCAUUUGGCAUUUUUAGAAAAUUGCUAACUUUCACAAUCACCCUGUAUAAAAUUGAAAUUUUAUCAGAAUUUAUUAAACUAUAAGAUGCUGUGUUUGGAUUAUCUUGAAAAAAAUUAAUUCUCAAGUUACAGAGGGUGCUAUUGGAAAUGAUACGAAGGUGGGUUAUUCUAUUUUACAUCUUCGUGAAAUUGCUAAUUGCUACAAUCACCCUAUAUAAAGUUGGAACUGAGCAGUUUUAUACAGGCUAUUAAGUGUUACAGAGUAGAGUGCAAACAAAAAUGGAAUCAUUACCUACGCAUUUUCAAUUUAAUUUUUCUUUUAACCAACUCUGUAUAAACUGUCCAAAAAAUAAGAGGCCCUAGAAAAAGGGAAAAUUAUAUGAUACAGAGUGUCCCAUUUCACCUUGAGAAAUAACUUAUCUGUACUUUUUUAGAUGGUACAUCUAAAUUUUAGGCACCCUGUAACAUGGAAAUAAAUAAUUUUUGGUUCCCAUGAUUAAAUCCUAAAAUGUAUAACAAAAAACUAUAAUUUUAUUUAUUUUUUGUGCAAUAUUUAUUAUAUAUUGAUUACCCAAACUUAAUUCGAUAUUUCUAACCUAAUUUUGUUAGU